AUGAAGCUCCUUCUUCUGGGCUCGGCCAUUGUCCUGCUGCUGGCCUUUGGCCCCCCAGUGAGCUGUGAGUUACGACAGUGCUGGAAAGGUGCUGGGACCUGUAGAACCUUCUGCACUCGAAAGGAAGUUUUCCUCUACUUCUGCAAAGACAACUCCAUGUGCUGUGCCUAUUCCUUCAUGAUGAGGAAGCCUGAGCCUGAGCCUAAGCCUGAGAAUAGCCAGGCAACCUAGUGAGAGGCAAAAGCACGUGCUGGGACCAGAAAGGAUUUUGCAGAGGGCAGUGUCAAAAAAAGGAGAGAUUCUACAUAUUCUG